GUAUCUAGAGGGACUGAAACUUGUGGAUUGAGUUGAAACUUCUAGAAGCAGCCAUGGAAGAUGAUUCCACCAUUGUUCUCUACAGCUCGCCGGAGCAUAUCAACACCAUGUUCAUUCUCGCCAAGUUCAUCACCAAACAUCAGCCUACAGUCAAAGUCACCGUUCUCUGUUCUGCUCCAGCUCCGGCGGAGGUGGAGGAUAUGGCGUCCGUCACUUACCACCGCAUCCCCGCCGCUGUUCCUUCGGUACCGAUCGACGAUCCGGUGGAGCUCCUCUUCGAAAUUCCUCGCCUCAACAAAGCAGACGUUCGCGAUGCGCUCCAGGAGAUCUCUCGGAAACUCAAAAUCGUAGCGUUUGUCAUCGAUUUCUUCUGCUACUCGGCGUUCGAGGUAUCUACGAGCUUGAAUGUUCCGACUUAUUUCUAUGUUAGCAACGGUGGAUUUGGCGCUUCUUCGCUUCUGUUCUUUCCGGUGAUUGAUGAAAUUGUUGCUGGAAACAUCGCGGAUUUGGAUGAGUUUCUCGAAUUUCCUGGAGGACCGCCGAUGCACACCUCGGAAUUACCCAAGCUGAUGGCGUUCCGUCAGAGUAACAACUAUCAACACUUUCUGAGAACCGCCAUGGAAGCUAGGAAAUCGAAAGGAAUCAUCGUGAAUUCGUUCGAUGCUCUCGAGUAUCGCGCUAAGGAAGCAUUAUCAAACGGUUUAUGCGUUCCGAACGGCGUAACUCCUCCAGCUUACUACAUCGGACCUCUGAUCGGCGAAACCGCCGGUAAAAGUAACGGCGGCGUUCACGAAUGCGUGAAAUGGCUCGAUUCGCAGCCGAAUCGAAGCGUUAUAUUCCUUUGCUUCGGUAGAAGAGGUUUGUUUUCGGCUAAACAGGUGAAGGAGAUCGCCGUCGGAUUAGAAAACAGCGGUCACCACUUCCUCUGGUCGGUUCGGCGUCCGCCGGAGAUGCAGAGCUCGUCGCCUGCGGGGGAAUUUGAGUUGGAUGAAAUCCUGCCCGACGGUUUUCUAGAAAGGACGAAAAAGCGUGGGUUAGUUAUAAAAUCGUGGGCCCCACAGAAGGAGGUACUGAGUCACAACUCGGUCGGCGCGUUCGUGACUCACUGCGGCCGGAGCUCCAUACUUGAGGCGGUGUCGUUUGGGGUUCCGAUGAUCGGCUGGCCGAUAUACGCCGAGCAGCAUAUGAACUGCGCAUCUCUGGUGGAGGAUUUGAAUCUGGCGGUGAAGAUGGUUCCGGCGGACGGCGUCGUGACGGCGGAGGAAUUGGAGAAUCGAAUUAGAGAGCUGAUGGAGACGGCGACGGGGAAGUCAAUCAGGCACCGUGUUUCCGAGAUGAAGGUGUCCGCCGCCGCUGCGGCGCGGCGGAACGGAACGUCGGUGGCGGCGCUGGAGAAAUUUAUCCGAUCAUUGCGUGAAGGUUAAAAAAAGAG